UGCCUCGAACACAUUUUCUUCUUUUCAGGUAUACAGACAUCACAAGAUGCUAGAUUUUAUGCAUUAUCCACAAAGUUCAAACCAUUUAGCAAUAAGGAAAAGCCCUUAGUUAUCCAGUUCUCGGUGAAGCACGAGCAGAAUAUCGACUGUGGCGGAGGGUACGCAAAAAUCUUUGACUGCAAGCUGGAUCCAAAAGACAUGCACGGAGAAACGCCAUAUGAAAUUAUGUUUGGCCCUGACAUUUGUGGGCCAGGAACAAAGAAAGUCCAUGCCAUAUUUAGUUACAAGGGCAAGAAUCUCCUUAUUAACAAAGAUAUUCGCUGUAAAGAUGAUGUUUUCACGCAUCUGUACACCCUUGUCGUGAAGCCAGACAACACAUAUGAGGUUCUGAUUGAUAACGAGAAGGUAGAAUCAGGGGAGUUGGAAGCUGACUGGAACUUCCUUCCCGCAAAGAAAAUAAAAGAUCCUGAGGCUAAGAAACCCAGUGACUGGGAUGACAAGGCAACUAUCGAUGAUCCAGAUGACAAGAAGCCGGAAGACUGGGAUAAGCCAGAGCAUAUUCCGGACCCGGAUGCCAGUAAACCUGAGGAUUGGGAUGAUGAGAUGGAUGGUGAAUGGGAGCCACCGAUGAUCGAUAAUCCAGAGUACAAGGGAGAAUGGAAACCAAAACAGAUUGACAAUCCCAAUUACAAGGGUCCCUGGGUUCAUCCUGAAAUUGACAACCCGGAAUACUCGCCAGAUUCUGAAUUGUACAAACGCGAUGAAAUUUGUUCUAUUGGCUUUGAUUUAUGGCAAGUGAAAUCUGGAACAAUCUUUGAUAAUGUUCUUAUAGCGGACGACCCUGAAUAUGCCAAACAAGUUGGAGAGGAUGUCUGGAGGCCUACCUUCGAGGGUGAAAAGAAGGUGAAAGAAGCACAAGAUGAGGAGGAAAGGAAGAAGCGCGAAGAAGAUGCCAAAACUGCUAAAGAAACUGAAAAUGAAGAAGACGAUGAUGAGGAUGAUGAUGACGAGGAGGAGGAUGAAGAUUCCACAGAUGCUGGGGAUGUUGAACCUGGAGAGGAACAUGAUGACCAUGAUGAAUUGUAAAAUAUAUUAAAAAAAUGUACAGAGACUAUAAAAGAUUUUUAUGCAACGGCUUUCAUCUGUGGACAGUGAAAAUGUCGUAACCCUGACUGAUACUUUUUUUUUUAAAAGAGAAACAAAGAUUGUGCAGCGCAAGUGUAAUGCAACUUGACUGAUUGCAAAAACUGAAUAUUCAAAAUAUUCGAAGAAUAAUUAAACAUUGCUCUGUAUAAAUGAGUGAGACUCGAACACACAGAUCUUAGUUCUUCUUUGUGCAAGUCUUCAGUGAUUGGUUCUUUGUAGUGGGUAACGUGCAUUUUCAUAAACUUUUAAUUUUGAAGAAAAUAGAAGAACUUUGUGCAGCAACUUCCAUCAUGUACAGAAUAAUUAAAUAUCAAGUCUUAAUAUUCUUCUUUUGUUAAUUCACAUUUGAAGUUUGUUUCACUUGUUAGAUUUUUCAUUGGUUUGAGCAAGAAAAUGUCAGAAGUAUUUAAA